GAUGAAAAAUUAUAUUCAAUGAUAUUUCCAGGUACAAAAUGGUGUGGUCCCGGUAACAAUGCUGAUGGUUAUGAUGAUCUAGGAAAAUUUCGUGAAACAGAUAAAUGUUGUCGCGAUCAUGAUAAUUGUGAUUCUAUUCCAGCUGGUGGUGAAAAGCAUGGUUUACAAAAUGAUGGUAGAUAUACUAGAUUACAUUGUAAAUGUGAUAAAAAUUUCUAUGAUUGUUUACACAAAGUAAAUGAUCGUGUUUCAAAUAUUGUUGGAAGAACAUAUUUUCAAUUUACGAAUCUAUGCUAUCGGGAAGAUCGUCCAACAACAGGUUGUUUGGAAACUGAAACAUCACUUUUUGAUAAACGUUGUGUUAAAUAUAGUUAUGAUAGAAGUCAACCGAAAAAAUAUCAAUGGUUUGAUUUACCAUAUUAUAAUUCGGAAAAAUUUCCAGAUUUAAGAGGCUCAGAAGCAGAAACUUAUUAA